AUGUUUUUUUCUGUUGAAGAAGAAACAGGAAGGAUUAAAGAUUGCUGGGACAACCAGACAACACCAGCACUCUCCACGUGUAGCAAUGCCAAUAUCUUUCGAAGGAUAAAUGGCAUACUGGAUAAUUCUCUGGACUUCAGUAGAGUCUGCACUACACCUGUAAAUCGAGGAAUUCAUGAGCAUUUGACAGACUUCCAGGACUCUGAAGAAACAGUUACGAACAGGAUGCUUUUCCCCACCUCUGCGCAAGAAUCUUCCCAUGGCCUCCCAGAUGCAAAUGACUUGUGCCUUGGCCUGCAGUCCCUUAGUCUGACCGGCUGGGACCGACCCUGGAGCACCCAGGACUCAGAUUCCUCAGCCCAGAGCAGCACACACUCGGUACUGAGCAUGCUCCAUAAACCGCUGGGAAACGUCCUGGGAAAACCCCCCUUGAGCUUCCUGCCUCUGGAUCCCCUUGGGACUGACUUGAUGGACAAGUUUCCAGCACCCUCAGUGAGAGGAGCCCGCCUGGACACCCGGCCCAUCCUGGACUCCCGUUCUAGCAGCCCCUCUGACUCAGAUACCAGUGGCUUCAGCUCUGGAUCAGAUCAUCUCUCAGAUUUGAUUUCAAGCCUUCGCAUUUCCCCUCCUCUUCCCUUCCUGUCUCUGACGGGGGGUGGUCCCAGAGACCCUUUAAAGAUGGGGGUUGCAUCCCGGAUGGACCAAGAGCAAGCUGCUCUCGCUGCAGUUACACCCUCCCCAACCAGUGCAUCAAAGAAAUGGCCAGGAGCUUCUGUGUGGCCAUCCUGGGAUCUUCUCGAAGCUCCCAAAGACCCCUUCAGCAUAGAGAGAGAGGCCAGGCUGCACCGGCAAGCUGCAGCUGUGAAUGAAGCCACUUGUACCUGGAGCGGCCAGCUUCCUCCCCGGAACUACAAGAACCCUAUCUACUCUUGCAAAGUGUUUCUAGGAGGUGUUCCCUGGGAUAUUACGGAAGCUGGAUUGGUUAACACCUUCCGUGUUUUUGGCUCUUUGAGUGUGGAGUGGCCUGGUAAGGAUGGCAAGCAUCCCCGGUGUCCUCCCAAAGGUAAUAUGCCUAAAGGGUAUGUGUAUCUGGUCUUUGAACUAGAGAAGUCUGUCCGAGCCUUGCUACAGGCUUGCUCUCAUGACCCGCUGAGCCCAGAUGGCCUGAGUGAAUAUUAUUUCAAGAUGUCCAGCCGAAGGAUGCGCUGCAAGGAGGUACAGGUAAUCCCCUGGGUCUUGGCUGACAGCAAUUUUGUCCGGAGUCCAUCUCAGAGACUUGACCCCAGCAGGACGGUGUUUGUUGGCGCACUGCACGGAAUGCUUAAUGCUGAGGCUCUGGCGGCCAUCUUGAAUGACCUAUUUGGUGGAGUGGUGUAUGCUGGGAUUGACACAGAUAAGCACAAGUAUCCCAUUGGGUCUGGUCGUGUGACUUUCAACAACCAACGCAGUUACCUGAAAGCAGUCAGUGCAGCUUUUGUGGAGAUCAAAACCACCAAGUUUACCAAGAAGGUUCAGAUUGACCCCUACCUAGAAGACUCUCUGUGUCACAUCUGCAGCUCUCAGCCUGGUCCUUUCUUCUGUCGGGAUCAGGUCUGCUUCAAGUACUUCUGUCGGAGCUGCUGGCACUGGAGACACAGCCUGGAGGGCCUGCGCCACCACAGCCCACUGAUGAGGAACCAGAAGAACCGAGACUCCAGCUAGAAGAGCUGGUCCUGGCCUGUGGCGCCCAAGGCUGGCCCUUCAGGCAGCAGCCUGCACCACCCCGCCACUGGUGGCCAGGGAGCUGGCUUCCCGAGGACAAGGGAAAAUUGUAGUCACCUUUGCACUUGCUGAAUCUGUCUUUGUUUCUGCACUAAUUACUGCACAAUGAGUUUUGUCGGGUUUUGUUUUCAGGGGGAUGUGCCAGGGGAAGACCCCUCUGGCUCACCCUCCAAGCGACUCUGCAGUUUUCCCAGAUUUUAGUUCCUCAUUUUGCCAAUGAAAAGCAAAAAAAGAACUACGUGUCCAGAAGGUGUUGACACGGAUGCCUACAUCUAGGUUUAUUUAUUAAAAGCGCUUUUUUACAUUCCUUGCAAUACUGAUGGUGAUGCCGCGCAGGUCUCAUUGGUCUCAUUCUUGCAGUUGCCAUACAGUGCCUUUCCAUUUAUUUACCCCCACCUGAACGGCAUAAACUGAGUGUUCAGCUGGUGUUUUUUACUGUAAACAAUAAGGAGACUUUGCUCUUCAUUUAAACCAAAAUCAUAUUUCAUAUUUUACGCUCGAGGGUUUUUACCGGUUCCUUUUUACACUCCUUAAAACAGUUUUUAAGUCGUUUGGAACAAGAGAUUUUUUUCUUUCCUGGCAGCUUUUAACAUUAUAGCAAAUUUGUGUCUGGGGGACUGCUGGUCACCGUUUCUCACAGUUGCAAAUCAAGGCAUUUGCAACCAA